ACUGCUUUUCCCCCAAAAGAAGGAUUUUUUUCACAAAGCCACCGCCUGAAACAGAGCUCAAAUACAAGAGUUUGAUUCAGAGAUUACAAGAAAGGGACACAUAGAUGCACGCUUAAAGAGAAAAGGAACACCAAGAAAGGAAUUCAAGAUGAUGAGAGGGAGCAACAGUGUUAUUGGAGCAGUAAAUUUUGUGACAUUCUUGAUCUCAAUCCCAAUUCUCGGAGGAGGGAUCUGGCUGAGUAGUAGAGCCAAUUCUACUGAGUGUUUGCAGUUCCUCCAAUGGCCUCUAAUAGUUAUUGGGAUCACCAUAAUGGUAAUCUCCCUCAUGGGCUUUGCCGGCGCGUGCUAUGGGCUCACUUGGCUCAUGUGGCUCUACCUUUUCGUUAUGUUCUUCGUUGUUGUUGCAUUGAUAGGAUUUAUCGUCUUUGCAUAUGCGGUCACUGACCGCGGCCACGGCGAGGUCAUUAUGAACAGAGCUUUUCUUGAGUAUCAGCUUUCAGAUUAUUCGGGUUGGCUUAAGGAGAGAGUAUCAGACCCUGUGUAUUGGUCAAAGAUUAGCUCUUGCCUCCGGGAUGCCCGUGCUUGCCGAGGCAUGGCUAAGUAUGGCACUGACCCUGCCACAGGCAUGCGUGUGCCUGAAUCACCAGAUAUGUUCUAUAGUCGCCAACUCUCUCCGAUCGAGUCCGGUUGCUGCAAGCCACCGACAUCAUGUGGCUAUGCAUAUGCAAACGAGACAUUUUGGAACCCCAGCAACGCAAUGCUGCUCACCGAUACAGAUUGCGUGAAAUGGAGCAACGACCAGCGAACUUUAUGCUACCAAUGUGACUCAUGCAAGGCUGGCGUAAUAGCAAGCAUUCGACAUAGUUGGAGGAAGGUCUCAGUGAUCAACAUCGUCGUGCUCAUCAUCCUUGUGAUCGUCUAUGUGAUCGGUUGUGCAGCAUUCAGAAACAACCAGAGGAUGGAUAACUCAGAGCCAUACGGUGAGAGCCGGAUGACUAAGGCAAGGCCUAGCAGGUACCAGUUUUAGACAGUGCCCGUCUUAUUGUAGGAAUUUGCUGUUGUUUUCUUUGUAGGAACAUGUUUAAUGUUUAGAAUGUUUUCUUUUCUGAUCUCAAAGCAGAUACUUCUCUCACUAUA